UGUAUUUACACAGGGGAGCAAGAGCGACACCGCAACAGGGAGGCAUGGACUCUGGAUGAACUCAUGCACACAUAUUUAAUAUGUAUAAAAAGACAAAAUGCCUCAGGAUUUAAUGCCAGAUAUGGAGAAACACACAACUGAAGAAGGAAUGGCUGUGGACGGUGAUUUCACGGAGGCGAGCCUCCUCCACCGUCCGGGAGAGCCGAAAGACGCAGAAGACCUUCUCCUGGCGUUGGAAAGCGUGCCCUGUCUCACCGAGGUACCCAGUCUGGACUAUGACCUCGAUCUCCUGGCUUGGAGCUCCGACACCUGCGGGGAUGCCAGCAGCACCUGCACAGACACAGAUGUGAGUGUGGACUCUCUCUCCCCUUGCCCUGUCAUGCACUCUCUUUCCUCGCCUGGCUGGGGGGAACCACUGUCGCCCUUUAACCUGCAUCAGGAGAAAGUGCUCUCUUCCCAGUGUGCCCUGUCCCUCACCUCUGCCUGUUCUGAGAUCAUCUCUUCCAAUGUUGUUCAGGAAAUUAAGCAGCAGAGGCGCAGAAGUCGGGUCUCUCGAGCCAGGCUCUCCCCACCUGUGAAGCGAUCCAUUCAUCACACACCUAAGGUCAGCAUCCAGCCGAAACCAGUCAUCGCUUUUCCCAUCGCACAGUCGGCUGCCCCUCUCCAGACAAAGACCAUUGUCAUUCAGCCUGUGCAGAGCCUGCUUGCUGUUGACCAGGUCACCCCUGUGACCAUUUGUCCAGCAAAAAUCACCGGACCUGCAAUGGUGCUGGCACCCCAGACCAGGAUGGCCCCACUGCGGAGCCCACCGAUUGCCCCUGCUCUGCCUAACCUUACGCUCAGCGAAGGCCCAGUCAUGAUACCCACCCAUUCACAGGACAUCUCCCCGUCUAAAGGAGGUGGAGUACUCUCUACCUUGGUGCAACCUGUUCUUUCUAUGGCUGCUCACAGCACCACAGCUGAUGGAGAUACUGUCGCAAGGAGGCAGCAGCGGAUGAUUAAGAACCGAGAGUCUGCAUCCCUUUCCCGCAAGAAGAAAAAGGAGUAUCUGCUUGCCUUGGAGGCCAGGUUGAAGGUGGCACUGUUUGAGAACCAGCAGCUGAAAAAGGAGAACUGCUCACUAAAGAUACAGCUGGAUGGCCUAAUAAGUGAGAAUAAUGUCCUAAAAGUGACAGCCCCCAAAAGACGAGCUGUAUGUCUGAUGGUGGUCUUGAUGUUUGGCAUGUUGAAUGCUGGGCCUUUUAGGCUGUUUGACAGUGAGACUACCCCAGACACCCCUUUCGGCGCCACACAUGGCAGCAGACAUCUGCUGGGCUUCUCAACUGAUGAUAAGGAUACCCCUGACUCUACCAACACUGGGUCUCCAGACAGGUGGGAGGUACCCAAGGAGAAGGCUCUGAUGGUUGUGAAGAAGAACCCUCUUUUAUUUGUUUCCCCUCCUCCCUGCCAGCCGGCUGUUAACAGAACCAAGUCCAUCAGGCUGGCUCAGGAGCUGAGAGGCUGGGUCCACCGUCACGAAGUGGAAAGAACAAAAAAAAGGCUGAUGACUAACAAACAGAAAAACAAAACAACUCUGAAGACACCGGGUAAGGAGGCUGAAGUCUCUCAGAUUGUCACUGUCCAGUAUGCUGACACAACGGAAAAGACCUCAGGGAGCGAGCUGCAGGUAUAUUAUGCCCGCUACAGUUAUUAUGAGGACUUCUUUGAAGAGAUUCAUCGCAGGGGGGACACAUUCUAUGUGGUGUCAUUUCGCAGGGAUCAUCUUCUUCUUCCUGCCACCAGUCACAACAAGGGGACCAGACCGAAGAUGUCACUGGUGCUACCUGCAGUGAAUGUAAAUGAGACUGUGAUAAAAGAUGGAGAGUAUGAAAUCAUGAUGCAGAUUGACUGUGAAGUCAUGGACACAAGGAUUCUUCACAUUAAGUCCUCCAAUAUUCCACCAUUCCUUCGUGCCAAUCACAGUGACUCCUAUCCCUCUGCCCCCACUGCGAGCAAACCCACAGGUUCUGUAGAAGUGCUCACAGGUUCUGCUUAAACUAAGUCAAGACAAGCAUACAAUCUGGAAACAAAACUAAUACUUCCAGGCAUUUCAAGCGGGUAAAUUGUUGGUGUCAACUGUAAGACACUUUCCAAUAUUCUCUAGUUGUUUUUAAACAUAGGCUGUGUUAAAUGAAACUGUUCGUCUGCGGGAUCAUUUUUUCAUCUGAACUGCUGUAAAACAGAAGCUUUGGGAUGAGCAGCUGCUUUAUGUUCGUUGAGUGCUGUGUAUCAGUUGGCUUCAUAUGAUAUAUCUCUACUAAAUUCAACUCAGGGUAACUGAUGAGAAAUGGCAUGGGUCCCAGUACUGAACUCUGCUGUAUUUUAAUUUUUGUUCUUUCUGAACAAGUGUAUUCCUUUGGCUACUUCAUUAUCAAGAGAAUUUUCAGUUGAACAGAAUCAGGAGGUCAUCAUUGGCCAGUUUCAAGUUAAUAGAUGUAAAAUGCUUUAAAUUGAAUCCUUUACUACACUGUGUAAAGGCUGCUAAGUAAUGUUAAAGGAUUUCACGACGAUAAAACUGUUAAACUGCCAACAGGUAGAAAUCCUUUAAUGUUGUAACCACUAUUUAUAGGAUAUGCAGUUUGUAAAUUUUUUAAGUCUUGUAUAUCACUUUUUGCACUCUUUGUUGAAUAGUAAAACUGUGAAUGUAUUUUCUUUGGAAAAGGAAUUUCAGUGGUUCCAAGUCAUGCAAUAAUCAUGCUUCUCAAAUGAGAAAAAUUUACUUGACUGGGUUUAUGAUGAACAUAGUAUUUAAAUUCAAGUGUUCCUAUAAGUAAUUACUUAAGCUACUUACAAUUAAUUUGUUGGGAAAAAAAUACUGAAGUUUCCUUUGAGCAACAAUUUCCUGGCAUUGUUUUACACUUGAUGGGGGUGCAGUGGCGCAGUGGGUUGGACCAGGUCCUGCUCUCCAGUGGGUCUGGGGUUCGAGUCCCGCUUGGGGUGCCUUGCGA